AUGAACGAAUCCAUGCUAGCGUUUACUAGGGGACUCACAUAUCAUGCCUUGUGUCUGAACAUAAAUGAUUCAACUGGGAAUAAGACAAUAGGGAAGAAAAAAGGUCCUCCCCUUCUGUUCAGCCACAGGCGCAAGGAAGAAGACAACGGAGAGAAAGAGAAAGAGAGAGAGAGACCUUCAUCUUCUGAUUUGGGCGGUAGCGAUGGCGGAGGCAGACUUCUUUCGCAUAUGGACUUGAAACCUCAUGCAUCUGACGAUUUUUUGAUCUCUGUCGUUCAAGCUAACUCUUCCCUUGAAGAUCAAAGCAAAGUCUUCACAUCUCCUUCCGCCACUUACGUUGGCAUCUACGACAGACACGGUGGCUCUGAAGCUUCUCGAUUCAUCAAUAACCAUCUAUUCCCUUAUCUUCACAGGUUUGUGGCGGAACAAAGGGGAUUGUCAACGGAUGUCAUAAAGAAGGCUUUUGAUGCCACUGAGGAGGAGUUCUUGCAUUUGGUGAAGCGUUUGUGGCCGGCUUGGCCGCAGAUCGCUUAUGUGAGUUCCUUUUGUUUGGUUGGUGCCAUUUCCGGUGAUAUGUUGUAUCUAGCCAAUCUUGGGGACUCCAAGGCCGUUCUUGGCCAGAAGGCAUCCGUGGAUCGAAGGAUUCCGGUGUUGAUGGAACGCUUGUCCACCGAUCAAUAUUUUGCAGUGGAGGAAGUAAGGAAGGAGGUGGAGGCGCUUCAUCCAAAUGAUUCUCAUAUUCUCGUUUACAGUCGUGAAGUUCGGCAGGUUAAGGAUAUAGGAUGA